UGAGCGGAUGAAGAUGAUGAUGGUAGUGGGGCGCGGGCACGGCGCCUGACGUGUCUCUUCAUCAUCAGCUGGCUGUAGUGAGGAGCGCGCGGUGGCACUUUAUCGCUCUCCUCUCUCGCGCUCUCUCAUUCCGACUCGAGCGCUGUGCCAUGCGAGCGCGUGCAUCUUCGCGUGCCAACCUUGCGUGCGCUCGGAGCGUCGGACCCCGGCGAGAUGCGGGAAGUAUAACGAGAGCGCAGAUGUUUGGAGGUUCUCCACUGGAUUGUUGGUAAAUGUUCCUGCCCCACUCUCUGACGACCAUGCUUUAUUUCCAGCUGGUGAUCAUGGCGGGGACGGUCAUGCUGGCAUAUUACUUCGAGUACACGGACACGUUCAACGUGCAUGUGCAGGGCUUCUUCUGCUACGAGACCGCGUACACGAAACCCUACCUCGGACCCGAGGACACAAGCGCCAUCCCGCCCGCCCUGCUGUACGCGGUGGUCGCCGGGGUCCCCACGCUGCUGAUCACCGUGACAGAAACGGUGUUGUUCUUGAUACAGUACACAUCGAAAGACCUUGACAGUCGAGAGAAGACCAUGGUGACCGGGGACUGCUGUUACCUCAACCCAUUAGUGCGGAGGACUUUCCGUUUCCUUGGUGUAUACCUGUUUGGUCUUUUCACCACAGACAUCUUCGUGAACGCUGGUCAGGUGGUAACAGGGAACCUGGCCCCUCAUUUCCUGACAGUGUGUAAACCCAACUACACAGCUCUGGGUUGCCAGCAAGCUCUUCGAUACAUCAGCCAUCAGGAAGCCUGCACCGGCAAUGAGGACGACAUCCUACGAGCCCGCAAAACCUUUCCUUCCAAAGAGGCGGCGCUCAGCGUGUACGCCGCUGUCUAUAUGGCUAUGUACAUCACAUUUACAGUGAAAGCCAAAGGAACUCGUCUGGCUAAACCAGUCAUGUCUUUGGGCCUGAUGUGCCUGGCUUUCCUGACGGGUAUUAACAGGGUGGCAGAGUAUCGUAAUCACUGGUCUGACGUCAUCGCUGGCUUUAUCAUCGGUGUGGCCAUCGCCACCUUUCUAGUGGUGUGUGUGGUCCAUAACUUCAAAGGCAAACAACUGCGGAACGAGGAUCCCCCACAGGACCACCUAAGCAACAAUCCGAUGGUCAGCUCGCCUAGGGUUGAGAGUCCACUGGAGAAGUACAUCGCUUCACAGAAUCACAUCGCCUUCGCUGAGAUCACGUGACCUUGAUUCGCCGGUGUGGCAGACACAUUGGACAUCCACGCUGUUUACCGUCCAGUCCCGAUAGUCCCAGCUCAACGCUAGCGCCGUGGUCAUAUUCUCUAUGGUAUCGUUUUGGAUCGCUCUGCCCUUGCUUUGUGUGUGUGUGUGGAAAUAUUGGUCCUAUCAAUUAAUAACUGUUACCAUCACGCAACUACUGACUGAAGCUGCACUUCACAUUUCCCUGAACCGGUUCUGUUGGCUUUCUUGCAGACCGAGCUU